AUGAUGCUGAGUCUGCUGGAGCAGGUGGGCAUUGCAUUAGCAGUGGCUGUACUUGGAGGACUUUAUAUUCGGCACCAAUCGGUGGCCAAUGUCGGAACCACUAAAAUGCUACGGGAUUUCAACUUGGUGCGUGUACUCAAACGGACAGACACGGAGCUAGCGUUAUUGGGGAAUUUCAAGAGUGAUAAUCACAAGAAGGCAGCAGUGUUGGUUAUCCAGACUGCGGCUAUGGAUACAGAAGCUUUGAAUCAAAUGCUCGUGGGAAUGUCACUACAUGAGAUUCUGGUGAAUGACAUCUACAGUACGUUUCAAGGCGACGUGUCACGUACUGUCAAGCCGUACAAGGUGAACUUGAUCUAUCCGGCAACUGAGCGUCAUGUACGCAAACACAUGGACCAAAAUUUUCACAUGGUGGUGGAGACGAAGGAAGCAUAUCGGAUGAUCACGAAGCCGUUUAUUGACAGUAUUCCCGCAGAGAAUAUUGAGUGGGUGUACAAUAUCUUGGAACACAAGAGCGAGACGGAUCGGAUUAUUUACGAAGAUACAGACCCUCGCAAUGGAUUUGUGUUGUUGCCCGACUUUAAGUGGUCGGACCCAUCUCAACUAGAAUCGCUUUACUGUCUGGCAAUCGUGCACGAUCGAUCGCUACGAUCGCUUCGGGAUCUCACUGGUGCACACUUGAAGUUGUUGCGAAACAUCCGCGAUGCCAGCCUACAAAUUCUGAGCGAGAAGUUUGGCGUAAGCGCGAGCUCAAUUCGCAUGUACUUGCACUAUCAACCAACGUACUACCAAUUGCAUGUGCAUUUUUCGCACAUCAAGAUGAUUCACGGAACGUUUUCGGGCAAAGCUGUGCUUCUCGAAGAUAUAAUCAACAACUUGUCGUUCAACAGUGACCAUUACAAGAACGCGACACUGUCGUUCGUGGUCGGCGAGAUGCAACAUAAGCAACUAUUCGAGUUGUUUCGCGAGAAGCGCAUCAUUUAA